CUGGCGUGCAGAGGAAAGAGAAAUGUAAUUGCAAAGGGGUAGCUCGGAACGAGUUGCUGCUCGUCAGCCUGCGCUGCCAUGGGUAUUGGAGAGGCGGAGGGCGGCUGCUGCAGCCGGGGCUGUCCCACACCUGCCCCCGGCACAGAUCUUGUCUCUCCCUCGCUCAGAGCAGGGGCUGAGCUUCCCUGGCACCGCACGGCACUUGUUGGCACCACCGGGCACCUUUGGCUUCACCAACACAACUGCGUGUGCUGCCCAUGGUCUCUUUAGCACUCGCUUGCCAAGGGACCGAUGCACGGGCUGGCUUCUACUCCUGUACAUGGUGCCAAAAACCAGCGUUCACCUUCCUCAGGAGCCCAGGGUCCCUGCAGGGCACUGCGAGGAGUUUUUCCAUUCUUAAGGGAUGGAUUUUUAUAGCUGCCACCCUUAAACUUGCGUUUAAGCCACCAGCUGCUUUCGGGGUGAGCGUUGGCAAGCGGCAGCGCCAACCAGGAGCCACACGUGGGCUCUCCUGCAGCCAACGGGGUGUCUCCACAAGCGAGAGCAGAGAAGUGGCUUGGAGAUGCCCAAAUGUCUCUCUCAGCUUGUGGCACUGGUGGGGAAGGAGCCUUGCAAAGCUGCUGCCCGCAAACCGAGCUCUGCCGGUGCGGGCCUGCCCUCCCAUCGGCACACGAGGGUUUGGGGGGAUGGUUUUGUUCAGAGAAGGGUAAAAAGAGUCCUGAUGGCCAGGAGAGGUCUGUGCUGCAGCGCCCGCGCCCCCGCCCUGCUGCAGCUUGACCCCGUGUCUGUGUUUCCUCCUCUCUCCGCGGGCGAGGAUCCCCGGACAGGAGGUUUCUCUUCGUGCCCAUCCGCCACGCCAGCACCCAGCCACCACCUAGGCCGAGCACGCUGGCAUCCGGACCUACUUCUUCAGCGCCGAGAACACGGAGGAGCAGGAAUCCUGGAUCCAAGCCAUGGGCGAAGCUGCCCGGGUGCAGAUCCCCCCGACCCAGAGGCACGAGAAGCCAGACUCUGAAAACAUCCCCCCCAGCAAACACCACCACCACCACCACUGCAACACCACCCACCGCGAGCACCCCAAAGCUGACCCAGACGCCAAGACCCGGGGCGAAGGCGACGGCCGUGGCUCGGAGAAGAUCGAGAGGAAGUCAGAGAGGAUGGAGAGCAAGAAGGAGCCCUUGGCCAAAGUCAACGGCAUUGCCGGGCAGGAGAUGCCCUCAGAACCUGGAAGUCCUUACCCCGAGGCACCCCGGGUACCGGCAAGCGUGGAGCGGCCGCCGCAGCCCAACGGCUGGCCCUACUCCUCGCCCAGCCGCCCCGGCAGCACCGCGUACCCCCCGCCCGACGGGGAGAGCGUGGCCCAGCGCCGGGGCUUUGCCCCCCGCACCAACCCCGAGAAGAUCGCCCAGCGCAAGAGCUCGAUGACGCAGCUGCAGCAGUGGGUGAACUCGCGCCGGGGGGCCGUGCCCCCCGAGGAGCUGCGGAGCCCCACCAGGUUUUACCCUGUGUCUCGCCGGGUGCCCGACUACUAUUCCCCCUACUCGCCCCAGUACCCCGAGGACUACCAGUACUACCCACCCGGGGUGCGCCCCGACAGCAUCUGCUCCAUGCCCGCCUACGAGCGGGUGAGCCCGCCCUGGGCGCUGGAGGACAAGCGGCAUUCCUUCCGCAACGGGGGCACCUACCAGCUCCGUGACUGGAAAGAGCACCCCGGGUUUGGCCGGCAAGACGUCCCGCUUUGGCUACCCGGUCCUGGGAGGCAACCGACCUACUUGGAUGAGGUGGAUGCAGCCUCGGGCUCUCUGCGACGAAUGUCGCUGCAGCCCCGUUCCCGCUCCGUGCCCCGCUCGCCCAGCCAGGGCUCCUACACCCGGGCGCGGGUCUACUCCCCGGUGCGCUCGCCCAGCGCCCGCUUCGAGCGGUUGCCGCCCCGGGGGGAUGAGAUUUACGCCGACCCCGCCACCUUCAUGAUGAGGCGAUCCAUCAGUUCUCCAAAGUACGACUACCUGGGUGACAGACGGCCCAUGCCUGCGGGAAUGUAUCCGUACCACUACCCGGCAUCCCCCAACGUCCACGACAAAAUGGAUGAACUUUUAGACCUUCAGUUGCAAAGAAACCUAGAGUAUUUGGACCAGCAGAUGAGCGAGAGCGAAACCCUGAUCAGUAUGGUGAACAGGAUGGUGGAGACCUCCUCCCCUAGGGCUCAGCUCUACAUGCAAGUGACGCCCUUCCCGGAGGCCUACAGGGAGACGCUGCAUGCCUACAAGAUAAGCGAGCAAGACACCGAUAAGCUGCUGGGGAAGCUCUGUGAGCAGAACAAGGUGCUGCGGGAGCAGGAGAGGCUGGUGCAGCAGCUCCGAGCAGAGAAGGAGAGCCUGGAGAGUGCCCUGAUGGGGACGCACCAGGAGCUGGAGAUGUUUGGGAGCCAGCCUGCCUACCCGGAGAAGCUGCUGCACAAGAAGGAGUCUCUCCAGAACCAGCUCAUCAACAUCCGCGUGGAGCUGUCGCAGGCCAGCACGGCCUUGGCGAAUAGCACCGCUGAGUAUGAGAGCCUGGAGAGCGAAGUGUCUGCCCUGCACGACGACCUUUGGGAGCAGCUGAACCUGGACAUCCAGAAUGAAAUGCUCAACCGGCAGAUCCAGAAGGAGAUCUGGAGGAUCCAAGACGUGAUGGAGGGGUUGAGGAAGAACAACCCAUCCCGCGGCACGGACACUGCCAAGCACAGAGUGGCCAUCGGCCCCUCGGGGACGUACAGCUCUAACAGCCCCGCCAGCCCCCUGAGCUCGGCCAGCCUCACCAGUCCCCUCAGCCCCUUCUCCCUCGUCUCCGGCUCCCAGGGUUCUCCCACCAAGCCAGGACCCGGUGAGGAACCAGGCCCGCCUCGACCUCCCCUCCCCAAGUCCUACGUACCCUUGGAGUCUCCUCCGAGUGUUCCUCCGCUCCCCGGCGAGAGCCGGCUCUGGCCGUACCCCACCUCCCCUUCCUGGCAGCGAGGCGGCGAGGCGAAGAGGGGACAGCCCAAGCCGAGCUUCGAGCAGAGCAAGAAAGAGACGCAGUGGUCGUCCCCCCCCGGGCCCCCAGCUGAGGGGCUCCCACAGAGCCGGCAGGAGCAGGAGGCAGAGAAGCAAGCGGCUCUCAACAAGGUGGGCAUCGUGCCCCCGAGGACCAAGUCUCCGGCGGAGGAGGAGGUGGUGCCGGUGGCCGGCGUGGCAAGGAGGAGCGCCGGUGGCAUGGCCAACGGGCUCGGCUCUCGGGAGAGACCGAAAAGCGCCGUGUUCGCCAACGAGACGAAGGUGAAGAUGAGUGUGGAGGAGCAGAUCGACCGCAUGAAACGCCACCAGAGCGGCUCGAUGAAGGAGAAGCGGCGCAGCCUGCAGCUCCCUGGCAGCCAGCAGCCCGAGACCCCCGGCACCAAGGCACCCACCUCCUACAAAGUGGUGCGCCGGCACCGCAGCAUCCAUGAGGUGGACAUCUCCGACCUGGAAGCAGCGCUGCGCUCCGAUGACCCUGGCAAGGUCUACGAGACGCCGCAGGAGGAGAUCGCCCGCCUGCGCAAGAUGGAGCUGGAGCCGCAGCACUACGACGUGGACAUCAGCAAGGAGCUCUCCACGCCGGACAAAGUCCUCAUCCCCGAGCGGUACGUCGAACUGGAGCCCGAUACGCCGCUCAGCCCCGAGGAGAUGAAGGAGAAGCAGAAGAAGGUGGAGAGAAUCAAAACCCUCAUUGCCAAAUCCAGCCUGCAGAAUGUCAUCCCCCUGGGCGAGGGGGAGGUGGACACCCCCCAAGACCCUGAGACCCAGCUGCAGGAGCAGGAGAAGAGGAUAGAGAUCUCGUGCGCUCUGGCUGCCGAGGCCUCCCGCCGCGGCCGCAUGCUCUCGGCUCAAUGCGCUACCCCAAGCCCUCCCACCUCCCCAGCCUCCCCGACUCCACCGACCAACCCCCUCUCGUCUGAAACAUCCCGGGUCGCCGACAACAGCCAUUUUAUGCGUGUCUGAGCCAUGAACUCAAGCCCUGGCUGCUGCCGGCACCAUCAAGUUCCACGGGGCCACGUUUUAGCUCCCGGACAUGACACCGAACUUCUCGCCAUCAUUUUCGGUUCUCCUGGACCCCCCCUUCCCUCCCAACCGACGGCGAGACCACCCGGCACUGCCGAGCGGGGAGAUGGUCACCGACAGCACCAGCCGCUCUGCCUCAUCCCGGAGGAGACGCAUGGGUGCUGGGAGGUUGUUCGCCGGAGUGUGGUCCCCGAGGAGCCCCCGGGCUGCCAGGUGGCACAGGGACAGAUCCGUGGUGUCCUGGGCAUGCGUGGACGGCCGGGCAGGGCAUCUGCAGCAGCGACAGCCAGUACAGCGGCCGUCUCCCUGCCAGGGCAGCCCUGGGGGAGCGUAGGACUCCCCAGGCUCCUCGUGCUGCUGCGUUGGUCUCCCAAAAAUAUGUGAAGGGGCUCUUCUGGGUGGAGACUGGCCAACCCCCACCGUGGAUGGUGCUUCCACCUUACACUGGACCUGUGGAUGCUCCAUCUCUGCUCCUUGGGCACCUCUUCCCCUUCCCAUGCCCUGAACCUGCUUUUAGCAUCCAUCUGGCCGGGGUUAGUUGCUGGCAGAUCCUGGCCUGUCCCAUCGCUCCUGGCGCUGGUGGCUCAGCCGGAGGAAGAAGGAGCUGUGUUGGGAAUGGGAUGGAUGAAGGUGGGACUGUGGGGGGACACGGGGGUGCCCGGGAGAGCGCUGUGCUGGGGGUCAGGGUGGUACAAGGGCUGCCUGGGGCACCGGAGCGCCGCUGGCACGGAGCAGGAGGUCUGGGCAGGGACGGGGACGUUGCACGGGAGCAGAGGAGUGGUGCGGGGAGCUGGGGCUCGGCAGGGAUCCCUCUGUGGUGGAGGGGGACAGGGACGAGAAGGGGAAGGGGCUUGGGGCCAGACGGCAGCAGCGGGGCUCAUCCUCGGGGAGCAGUGUCCCCCCCGUCACCUCUGUCUCAGCCCCUCUGAAAAUCUGGCACCGCAUCUUGCCCCAGGACCUUGCCAUUGCACUCCGGACCCUUCGAUUUGUUUGGUUUUCCUGUAGCAAGUUUCCCCUUUAGCUUUCUGGUGGGA